GAUUGAUCACAGUUCGAGGUGUCCAGUCUCCAUAAAAGACCAAGUUCUCCAUAAUUUGGCAAUAGAAUCUCCAAAACAAGCCCUGAGAUGUGGCUCCAGCGAUUAAACAAUCCGUCAGUUCUGUGUUUAUUAAUAUCGAUGGGACUAGGUGUGACACUCCAAGAUGAGUGGAACCAAAGCCUCGAGGAUGAUGAGACAGUCGACUUCUUCGAUUUUCCCAUUUCGAAGCUGCUGAAGCAGUUGAAGGAGAUCCCGAGAGAAGAUGAAGCUGAGGAAAUCCCUGAUGCUAUCAAGAGACCCACCAUCGAGCCAGAAGCUGAAAUGCUACCAGCUCAUUACACGGGUGUCAAAUCUCCAGGUGUUGAUCACAUGGAGCUUGUGAUUACUGAUGCAAAAAUGGAGAACUCUGAUGGAGAUGUUCAUGUCGUUGCUGUGAAGAAUAAGAAGAGUCCCCAGGACAGGAGUAAUGGCAAGAUCCAGAAGGAUUUUAAAGUUGUUAAGGAGAAAUCGCCGAGGAAACCACAGGGUGUUGAGCGUUCCAAGCGGAAGAACUUGAAGACUGUGCGAAAUUAUAUUCACCAAGAUGUCUUUGAGAAGAGAGGAACCACCGAUGAGAUCGAUCGGGAUGAACAGGAAACAAAACCGACUUAUGAAGUUUAAACAAUUAUUCUUUGGAUUUUGGAAUAAAAAAUUUACAGAUAAAAUUGGUGUAACAAAUAAA